AUGGGUCAUUACUGUUCAUAUCAUCGAAAAAUUGAAGAAGAUUUAUCUUUAAAUGAUUAUCGAUAUUUAAUGAAACAAACACAUUUAACACCAAUAAUUAUUCAAUCAUGGUAUAGAGAAUUUUUGACCGUUUGUCCAAAUGGCCAAUUAACCAAAUCUCAAUUUAUUAAAUUUUAUAAAGAAUUAGAAUCAACAUCAACAAAAGAUGUUGAAAUAAUAGCUGAGGAUGUAUUUCGCGCAUUCGAUAAAAAUGGUAAUAAUUUAAUAGAUUUUAAUGAAUUUCUAAUUGCUUAUGCUUUAACAUCAAUCGGUGAUCCGGUCGAUAAAUUAGAAUAUACUUUCUCUCUCUUCGAUAAAGAUCAAUCGCAAUCAAUUGAACCGAAAGAAAUGAUUGAAAUUAUUCGUGCUCUGUUUGAAUUAACUGCUAGUCGUGGAAAACAGGGAGAAUUAAAAAUCUCACCAGAAAAUAUUACAAUCGAUAUUUUUAGACAUUUAGACAGUGAUAAUAAUCAAAAAUUAUCAAGAAAUGAAUUUAUACAAGGCUGUCUACAAAAUAAUCAAAUUCGUCAAGUACUAUGUCCGUUUGACAAUGAAUGGUGUCCAAAAGAUGUUCAUUAA